AAAAUUUUUUAUCAAUCUUUUUGCAGAAACCUUUAGUUUCUAGUGGUUUUUCCUAAGCAUAUCGUUCCCUCGGGAGCUAUAACACGUCCCAGUUAUCAACAUGUUCGGCAGAUCGCUAAUGAGAGAAUUCGAAGAUGAUCCUUUUUUCAGUGGGUACAAUUCUCACAGGGAUAUUUUCGAUUCCAUGGGAAGAUUUCCAGAUCCAUUCAUGGCGAUAUCUGAUGGAAGAAAGGAUGAAAGAAAGGGAAGACACCAAAGCAAGGAUUGUCAUAAUAAAGAUCGUCAAGUGGAUCCAUUUGGUGGAAUUUUCCAUUCUAUGAACAGCAUGAUGUCGGAAAUGCACAAACGUAUGGCUGACAUGCAGGUUAACGCUGAUUCUGGUGACCCUAAUGUUCACAGUUUUUCAUCAUCUCAUGUGAUGAGUUACAGAAAUGAUGGGAAAUCUGAACCAAAAUAUUAUCAAGCAUCAACAUCUACAAGACAUGCACCUGGCCAGAUAAAAGAAACCAGGAGAACUCUUCGUGACAGUGAAUCUGGAAUAGAAAAAAUGUCAAUCGGCCAUCACCUUGGUGAGAGAGGAAAAGUUAUUGAGAGAAGACGAAACAUCAAAAAGGGAGGAGCACUCGAAGAAGAAAAGAACUAUUUUCACAUGGGAGAAGAGGAUGAACACGAUUUUGACAGAGAUUGGAAAAAUAAAACAAGUACUUAUAAUAUGGAUUUUGGAAGAAGAACAAACGCUGUUGGUCGGGCUAAACAUGAAAGUAAAGGGCUGGGUCCUGCUCCUGCAGAACCAACAAAGAAAAGGGUUGUGAAAACUCCAGCAGCUGUAGCAGCCCCCAGGGGACUCGAGGCACCUCGUCCCCAUGGUCCGAGUAAGAGUGGGCGAACCAGAAGCAAGUAUUGAACGCAGAUCGACAAGUUAUGAUAAAAAUGUUACAUUGUGAUUUUCGUGUAAUUUAAAAGAAAAAACAUUGUGAUUUUACACUCAAUUGAAAGUGUAUUAAUUUUUCGAAUGUGUAGUUGCUUUUACAAGUACUAUUCAUGUGUAGAUUUGUAAAUAUUAUAGAUGAUAUUUUUUGCUAAUUAAUUGAUGGUACAUUUGACCUUGCCAAUCUGUAUUGUGGAUUGUUGUCUUGCUGAUGUGAAAAAUAAAAUUGAAAAAAGGAAUGA